GUUAUCCAGGCGUAAAUUUGCCUUACAGUUUAAUUAAGCCUUAACUUAAUACAAACAAUAGUAAAAAGUAACCCCUGCACUGAAGAAAGAUACCGAAGACAAUGACCACCUCACUUGCUCAGCAACUGAAGAAACUAGCUGUACCACAAACAACAGUUUUUCUUGAGGAUAAGGUUAAAGCCUCGCUACUUUUUGACCCAAGAGAAGCAUCUUCUUAUGAUAGGGAUACUAUCUUUGCAAUUGGUACGUAUAGUACUUUAUAUAAAUGUGUUUAUGGAUUUCAUGUUCAUGUUUACAAUGUGGACGAUAUAAUCGCUUGUAUUCUGCCCUACCACGAGACUCGCAUCUUUGUACGAGUAAUCCAGCUUCUUAACCUGAACGAUGCUGCCAGUCGUUGGCACUGGUUAAAGCCCUUGCAGAAACCAGGAAUUCCUCUCCCAAAGUUAACUCUACUCAACCACUGUUACAAAGAUCUCAGUUUUCUGAAAUUUGUCUGCAAUCUUGUUCCAGAAACUCUUAAGAUUCAUCAACUAAAGACUCAUCCAGCACACCAGACUGUUACAUCUUUUUACAUGUCGUCUGUUUUGGGGGCUCUAGAGUAUGCAGAUAAAGUGACUGAAGAAAUAGUAGCAGCAUUGCUUCCUUUUCUUCUGAAGGGACUGAAGAAUGGAGAUAAAGACUACUGUGCUGCCACCUACAUGAUACUGUGUCAGUUGAUGAGAAAAACUCAUCUAGCUUCAUCAUUGUGUGAGAAGUUGGUUGUUAAGAUUAGCAAGCGUCUGCAACCUGAAUUUACAACUCAAGGGAUUGUCUGUUUGCUAGUUAUCUUUCAGUACCAGAAUCUCCGGUGUUUCCCUCGUCUAGGAUUUCUGGCCUUGUGUUCAAAGGAUAUAAUUGGGAGCUUGGAGCACUUGUGUCACGAGUAUCACCUUGGGCCCAUACUUCAGCCAUUCUUCCAAAAGUUGGUCCCUGCAUCUUUGCUAGAAACUGCAAAAAGCGUGAAGAAACGCCGUUUACUGUCUUCUCUCAUAAAAACUGUAGAUCUGGAGGGUGAAGAAGUGGAAAGUACACCAGUUGUCCUUACCUCACCAGGAAAAUAUCCUGUUUGUUUUGACCAGGCUGUUGGAAAUUUUAUUCAAGAGGUUCCAACAAAAAAACGAGUUGUCGUUCAAAAAUUACUGAAUACUUUUUCAGGAUCCAAACAUAAGCUUCUUCCUGGUGGAAGUGCAAAUCUGUAUUUAGGCUUAAACCAUCCUAAUGAUAAUAUCAGGAUGUUAGCAGUGGAAACACUUGCAUGUGAACUUUCAGAGAAAAAUAAUAAGAAAUGUGAUCUGGAUGUAGAGUUUAUCAGUGAGAAUCUACGGUCUAGAUUAGCAGAUGAUAGUCCUGUAGUUGUUGCAAAGGUGUUAAAGUAUAGAAAGAUUUUGACUACCUACCUAACAGAUGAUGAUAUCACACCUAUAUUGAUGGAUAUAGUGAAGAAACGAGCAAAUAACAAUUAUAGAAAAUGGUGUCAAGUGAAGACGAAAGCUCUUGAACAUCUGUUUACUAAAAGUACCGGAUCAGAUACUCAACAAACCAAACUUUUCAUUGAUGUGUUACCGUUGUUAGUAGCAGUGAAUAAACAUGAAGUAAAUUUUGCAAGAAGCAUUUUGCAGUCCCCUCUUGCAUCAACACAUUCUCUGUUAACUGGCAUCUGGGAAGAAUGUAGAGAAGUGGUUUCUACAUUGGAAGAGAGCAAAGCAGGAGAUACUUUUGUAGACUUUAGUCAGACAGUUUUGAAACUUCUUGGUCAGAACAUAGAACAAUUGGAGACUUCACAUAAAGAAACAUUGAUUGAGUCUCUGCUAGAAGCUGUUGAUCGAGAAGAUGCUACCAUGAAAUUUCUCGUGUGUCAGCUACUCAGUCAUGUUUUUGUCUCACCGUUUCCUUUAAAUAACAAAGUAGACAUUGCAUACAAGAUUGUGAUUUCAUUUAGCAAUUGGCUGAAAGAGGAAAAGAUAUUCACAGAAGAACAAAUAGAAACGGAUGAACGAAAGGCAUUUGAACUAACCCUAAGAGCUCUGCGAAAGCGGAAGAUUCCAUUAUCAGCCAUUUUAAAAUGUCUUAGCUCUAUUAUCCAAGGUGUAGAAUGUGGACAACACUUGAAGGAACAUGCGUGGUUCGUACCGGGUUCCUCCAUCACCGAGAGUCUCUUACUUCAGUUAUUAUACUUGUUAACUGAAUUGGCUGGGUCGAAUAAAGGGGCCGUGCAGCAGAAGUCUCAAAAGCUUUUAAUGGACUUUUUCAAGUGUCAACUCAAUGAGCCAGAAGUACUCGGGAAGUUUAUGUCAUCGUUGUGGUGCCUUCAUCUUCUGUUGCUUCGUGAAGGUGUUCUUUUGAAAUCCGUUGUUCAAGUACGCUCCCUUUAUAUCUCUGCAACACUGUUUACUGCCAGUAAGAAGCAUGUUGAACACGCGCUUAAAGACUCGUCAACAGUGUUUCCCUGUCUUCUGGUGGCGUUGACUUCGCAGUUAGCACCUGUACGUCUAGCAGCUGCCUUGUGCCUGCAGAAGUUGGGAGAAUAUUGCAGUGAUACCAAUAGCACGCCCUAUGGGAGGCUUACACAACAUUUAGUAAAUCAUGCUGAAGAGAUUAUUGUUGAUUCACGCCAACUACCUAUUAUUUUGUCAAAGUGGUUAUCUCCAGCAUUGAAGGAGAACGACUCUUCAUCCAGACUGAGACCUUCCACCAGAAGUGCAGCAGCCACUCACUUGUCAACCGAGGCUGCGACUUUAAAAAUGCUCCUUGAGUUGGUGGUUGAUACCAAUACUCCUGCCCACAUCCAGCAUGGCCUACUUCAAGUACUCCAGUGUGUGAAUUCACAGGACUGUUUAGGUAAACUGUUACCUCUGCUCGACGUUACGCUGAAGCCGUACUUCGGUGACAAAGACCUGAUUUUAAAACAUUCUCAAUAUGCUAUUGUUGAGCACAUCCUUUCAAAAUUUACCUCAGAAAAUGCUGAGUUAUUUUGUAAAGAGAAGAGCCAAGCUCUAGAAUUACUAAAGAAAAUGCUUUCGUCAAGAAUUAGAGUGAACUAUGGAAUGGACUCACUACACUUAAUGGCUCUGAAUGUGUUAACAAAGGACUUUUUCCAAGCACUCGGAUCUUUCCUUGUUCAGCACGAGCUCUUAGACCUAGUCCUGGAUCUUUAUGUGGAUUCUAUUUCUACUCAUGAUGGAAAAGCUAUGGCCAAAGUUAUUAAAAAGAUGUGUUUUGAUGGUAAACUCCUGGUCAAAGUGCUUCAGCAGGUAGAGACCGGUGCCACGACAAAGACCGUCAGAGAAGUCAAGAAACAAAGGUAUUGA